CCACCUCUACAGACAACAGUGUUCACAUAACUGCCUUACCAGAAGACACUCAUCACUUCUAUGAACCAGAAGAUAACCUUCCCCUAUAUAGUAAAGAAGUCACUUAUCAAACCCUACCAGAAACUAACGAUACUCCCUCUUGGAUUAUUUACCUUGACCAAGAAAAUAUUCUUGAACCUAGGAAUUUUAGUGACGAAGAACUAGACUCAGAUCAUGAAUUAAAUAUUGACCUAGCUGACCUUGUCUACACUGUCCCAUCUUCUCCAUCUUCUGUUUAUUAA